CUUAAACAACAUAGAACUGAAGGUCGACGUUCCCCGCGAAAAGAUUUUUCUCGUUUAGCCUCGGGGAUUUGAGUCGUGAUUGUUUCCGGUCACUAGUCUCGGCAGUGUUGUGGGAAAGGACUGUCCAUAUAGCCGUGCCCAGGAUCGAACUGCUCCUUGUCUGAUUUUAAUCUACGCGGCUCAGAAAGAGAGAUUUAGUCAUCGGCUGAUUGUAAAGCUACAAUUAGUAACUGCGCGACAUCGAUUUUCAGUCCCACACAUUUAUGAGCUUUGUGAUUCUGAACACCUAGAAUAGCUCACUGGUAGCUCUAAACUACCAGCUCAGGGGCGAAUUUGUUUUAACGAUUUGUUUCCCAGGAUGAACUUAUGGCGUUCUAAGUAGAGAGCAUAUUGUUAUUUCUGACUCAGUGUGUUAACCCCGCCCAAGUCUUGUAGUUUGGUAUUAAAUAUCCAGGAUUAUGUAAAGCAGAAGAGGGAACCUGGAACCGCCACAGGAGAGGUGAUUGGGGACCUGUAUUAAAAGGGCUCCAGCUGCGAGCACUCUUUGUCAGGUAACUGGGUGCAUUGCCGCAUUCGUUUGCCUUGAGUCGCUUCCAUCAGUCUCUCAACAUGCGGACUGUAAACCCCCGCACCCAUCUCUACUACGACUCGAAGACUAGGCGCUGGAGCGCCUACGUAAGGUGCGCGAUUCCACGUUGCAGUUAUGACUCUGUCGAGUGAAUGUUGGAAGGUUGUUAAGACGUUUCGUCAAAUAACACGUUGCCCUCAGGGUUUUCGUUUUGCUGAAGCGACCUACAAGGUCACCGCGUCAUUCAACAAUCCAUCUAGCCUGACCUACGAUUCAUUCUGGUGGGAACGGGUUGGUAGGGAGCCAUGGGUUGGCGGAAAGCGCCUCUAUCUUGGUACCUUUCUCUCGAUCGCUUCACAAUUUCAGUUUCCUGAUCUCCGCGGUUGUGAAGGAGUUUGAGCCCAGCCCUCUCACUUUUCCAUUUUUAACCUUGAAUUCAAUGUAAAAAGAUAUGUAUGCUGCUAAGGGUCCUACCAAGUCCGAAACGUGCUUGCUACUGAGCUGCUGUAUACUCCUCGAAUUAGGUGUGUCUGUCAGUAUUGAUUGCAGCAACUUACUAAAAACCACACCUCUCUUCGCUCACACUUACCCGCAGGUACGCACCAGACUCAGCAUCUUGCAAACAGGUAUGAUCACUUAUAAAUUCUACUGACAUGCCUUCAUCCCCUGUUCGGUCCAAUGCAGCAGCUUCUCGACACCAAAAACUCCAACAAUGCUUUCAUUUCUCGUGUGGCAAAUGCCAGGAUCGAGCGAAGCUUAAGCUCGAGGCUGAGCUUACCCACAUGCCCUUGGCGGAGCUCGCCUGCAAACAGCUUACGCCAACACGUCUGAUCUACCCUAGAGAAGAUUACGAGCAGGACAAGGGUGGGAAGAGGGAUAGCCUGUCCAGGAAGCAAUUCUUCGCGUACCUCGUCCAUGAGAGUCGGGGUACGUACCAGCAGUACGAGCCGUCACCAUGUCUGGUCAAAUUCCUGGCGGAGGAGCCAACGUUGGGCACCGUGGGGAGCUCCUCGUCCGCACUCGAGUUGGAUGAGGAGAAGAAUCGAUCACAAUCAUCUCUGUCCACAAACUCUGGUGAGCUGCGGAAUAUGACAAGUGAACAGGCGCCGCUGAGUAUGUCACUCCAGCUGCCGAAACUAGCCUCAGAACGUGGUCCAAGUUUCCGCCGGGGAAUGAAGAGGGAGGGGAUCCCGAGACCAAUGCUAGGUAAGAGGGGGGCAGCUGAAGUUUUAGUCUCCAUUAUGCAUUCCAAUGACGGGUUCUCAAUGGAAGAAGCGGAUCGGAUUCGAACGAGAAAUUAUUAAAUUCCAUUUCAUGGAGAACCAUCUAGAUUCCGAUCAGCACUUAACGAACACAUCCAGCUUGGGAAGGGGAGGGUGGUGAAUGCAACAAAGAUAUAUUAUCAGCGGCAAGCUUCGUGUCAAAGACUAAACUCUGGGUGUUGGAUGAAGCCAUUCAUUCAACUUUCUUCAAAUGAAUAAUUUAGAUCAAUCACCGAAUCACUGUAGAUAAACGAGCGGAUUAGUCUAUUACUUGGCUUUUGCUGUAAGCGUAGAGAUGUGAGAUAUUGCUCGUAGCAUCAUGAAUACAGAUUGAGUAAAGUGGCUCGAAGUGUUGUUACACAGAUUUGCACGGGUUGAAUAUGUGAUGCUGUUUGCAUUUACCUGUGAUGAGUAAAUAAAUUCAAUAGGUCAUGGGCCUUGACCCCGCUUGAAUGCA